AAGAGCAGCACAGAGAGCUAAAAGAGGCGAGACCGAAAGACUGGUCACUAAACUAAUAAACGUCUGCCGGCCUGACCACAAAAUGAGGAACAUUUCAAAGACGAGAGCACGAUUUUUUCUUAAGGGAAUACGGUUUUCUCUAGAAAGUGGGCAAAUGGGUUAAAGAAAACUGCAUGUUGGAUUUACUACUUUCGCUUCUUUAUUGUUUUUUUUUCCAUAUCGGCCAUGACAUAACCGGGGAAUCUCUCAAAUGCCCUGUAUUUCUGUGAAGACUGCCCCUGCACCCCCAGUCUGGAGAUGUUAUCUAUCCAGCACUGCAACACCUCAGCUCUGGCUGCCAUAGCACCCAUCUCCAACCAGACCCCUGGGACAGUCGAGGUGGCAGCCAUGGGCAAUAAGGACAACCGAACAGUGAGUUCUGUUAUGACCAAUCUCAAUUCCAAUGACCCAACAUCUGCUGGACUCUCCAUGACCCUAGGCGUCCUGUCUAACAUUAUUGCGCUCUUCAUUCUGGCCAAGGCCUACGCCCGUCUUCGACGGCGUUCCAAGGCCACGUUCCUGCUCUUCGCCAGCUCCCUGGUGGCAACGGACUUUGCAGGCCACAUCAUCCCUGGCGCCCUGGUGCUGCACCUCUACUCAAACCAUGCCAAUCUGAACUCGCCCCCUGACACAGAUGCCACUUGCCUGUUUCUGGGUGGCAGCAUGGUGUUCUUCGGCCUGUGCCCGCUCUUCCUGGGCUGCGCCAUGGCAGCCGAGCGAUGCCUGGGAGUGACUCGGCCACUCCUCCAUGCCCGACUUGUCUCUACUACUCGUACUAAAGUGGCUGUGGCGUUGAUCUGGUUGGUAGCGCUUCUUGUGGCCUUGUCUCCCGUCAUCGGGCUUGGAGAAUACACCUAUCAGUACCCAUGGACCUGGUGCUUCAUUAGAGUGCUUGAGAAAACAAAAGACACUGAUGUGGCCUUCGUGCUGCUGUUCUCUGGGCUGGGGCUUGCCUCGCUGGCUGUGUCAUUAGUGUGCAACACGAUCAGUGGGAUGACCCUGGUGCUGGCCAGACUGCGGAGGAGAAAGUGCCCACGCCGCAUAGCAAAAUCGCAUGACAUCGAGAUGGUGGCGCAGUUGGUGGGGAUCAUGGUCACGUCCUGCAUUUGCUGGAGCCCCCUGCUGAUCUUCGGCCUGAUGUCAGUCAGACACUCCUAUAGCGGCUCCGAGACAGAUGACAAGCCCUACAAGAAGUUGAUGGUGAUGGGGGUGCGCCUGGCCUCCUGCAACCAGAUCCUGGACCCCUGGGUUUAUAUCCUGCUGCGACGAGCCGUGCUCAGGAAGAUUUACAGGCUAACAACCGGCCGCAUGGACACGAGGGGAAGCACCUUCCGCCGCUGGGAGAUCAGCUCCUUCCAGAGCUCUGAGAAAAAUGCCGUCAAACGGAUCUAAAGGAAUUCCAGAGAGGAGAGUUUAUUCCAAAUGGAGAAGAAAAGAAGGACAGAAAAAGUGGAAAGAGCAUCUGGAAUGUUCUCCUCCUGACUGAGCUCUGUAGUGUCUCACAGUGUACCUGCUAUGGACCUUUAGAGAACAUGUCAAGUGAGGGAGGAAUAUACAGAAGCUGGUAAUGCAAGCUGUGCCAAUAGUUUGGUCUCCUGUUGGUGUCUCAUCACAAUGAUUGCCUUUACCAGUGAGGCCAACAUGCUCCUGCUGAAAUGUGAAUGGUUUUGAGAUCAUGGAUCAGGAUUCAUAAUGCUCGCCAACUACACUAUAGUUGGUGGGUGAUUUCAAGAGCUGUUAGGAACCACCUUUAUGAUGGUCACGGCUUGGGGGCAAAGAUGCCUGCCUUAAAAAGGCUCAGUUAUUUUCCAUACAUGCUAGAUGCAGACACUUCAUUGCAAAAGAAGAAUUUAGUGGAUUUGAGACAUGUUAAAAAAAGGUCAAAGUAGCUAAGAGUGCAAACAUUCUGGUUAACAAAAUAUCCAUUGUAACAUUAUUAAACCAUGCACUUAGGUACAGUAAUAUGCAAAAAUCUGAGACCACCCUUUCAUUUAAUAUAUUUCCAGUCCAAAUGGCCAUGAAGUACAAGUUGUUCAUUUUUUAGUGUCAGGAAAGAAGCAAA